UUUCCGAUGAGUGAACUAAAAUUUCGUUUUAAAUAUCAUGUAAAUUCGCCGAAGGAAUUGGAAUACAAUAGCAAACAUGUACAGGAUUUAUUAGAAAAAUGGGGAAUGAAACGACAUAGUUAUAUAAAAAGAUUUAUUUAUGAAGAAUAUUUUGAUAAUGAAAAAGACGAAAAUUUUUUUUUUUUGGAAUUUUUUAACGAAGAAAAUGUGAGAAAAGAAUUUAAAGUACAAUCUGAUCAAAAUAAUUGGAAUGAUUUAAAUGAAAAAAUUCAUGAUAUUGUAUAUGAGAAAGUACCUUGUAACGUUACAACAUUAAAUUUUUUUGAUAGGUUAUACGAUGCAGGAAUAGUAAGACGAGAGAGUGGAGCGAUAGUUAAAACAUCUCCAAUAUAUUUAGAAGAGAAUAUAUCAACACCAAUAAUGAUAACAGAUGAAUUAAGAAAACUAUUAUUAAUAUUUGAUUCACCACAUUAUAAUAUAUUCAGUAUAGAAGAUCGAAAUGAAUUUAUAUUUAGAAUAUUUAAAUCAAUUUGUUUAGGUGGCGAUGUUUGUCAAUUUGAAGAUUUAAUUAUAGAAUACUUAAAUGUAUUGAAAAAAAUUUAUAAAGAUUUAAUAAGUGUACAAAAAAAUGAAGAAACCGGCGAUCUAAUAAUUAAAUCUUUUGUUUAUAAAAUAAUUAAUUUAAGUAAUAAUAGUUUAUUUCCCCCUUCUACUACUACUAUUACAAAUGAUAAUAUUAAUUGUAACAAUUUUUGUUAUAUGACUAUUGAUCCCGUUAACAGGUGGGUAAAUAUUUGGUAUCAUGCUGCUUAUGAAUAUCUAUGUUAGCUGAAUGGACCAAUAUUUUAGUAUUUUUAGUCAGAUUAAUAUUAGAUUCGUACAAGUUUUUAGCGUAGUAAAAGAUUUUCAUUAUUCAUACUGUA